CCUUCCCUUGUUUGUUUUCGAUUUCCCUUUUCAUUUUGUUUCAAUUCUUUUAGAUCUAGGGAGUGAUUGAUGAGAGGCUAUUUCAGAUUUACAAUAUGGAUUGCAAGGGUGGAGGUGGGCUAUUUUGGUGGGUUGAAGACGACUAGGGUGGUUGCGAAAUGGUAAGGUGGGUUGUAGCUAGAUAAGGUUUGGCAAUUCAAUUUAGAUUUAAGAAGAGCAGAUGAAGAAAUUAGAAUAAUGCUCGGUCGUGUUCAUCUUGAAGAGGAUGAAGAUGGCACUCUCCCUUUGGUCUCAGCUUGGAAACUAGAAGCUUUCAAGGUGGAAAAGCUACUGUUGGUGGGUAUCACAGAGAGCCAGCUCUUGAAAGCUGCAGCCGGCUCUGGUGAAUGGAAGUGCAGACAGCCGGCUCUAGAAGCUGCAGCCGGCUCUACAGGCAAAAAUUUGAAGACCAUAGCUUGGUGCGCGCGAAGAAAAGACGCAAAGCCGACUCCAACUUUAUAGCCGGCUAAUUUGUGUAUAUUGAUGCUUUGAUUUGUGUACCUUGAUCAUAUUCAUGCUAUUUGAUGUUGCAUUCAUUGAUAUAUGACUAAAGUUGCACUAUUUAGUAGUGGAUGUCCAAUUUAAACUUAGUUAAAUGAAGAAAUAUCAAAUCAAGGUGCAUUCCCUUCAAAACAGCCCCAAACUUUCUGUUUGUGUCAAUCAAGGCCAGUAGAACCGGCUCAACCUUUCUCACAGCCGGCUCCACCAAAAACCCGAGAGUCUUCUCUCUCUAGAGUUAAGCCGGCUCCAAGAAUAGAACCGGCUCUCCUGCAGCUUUUUGAAAAUUUGGGCUUCUCUCUCUAGAAUUAAGCCGGCUUCAGGACUAGAGCCGGCUCUCCUGCAGUUUAUGACUUUUGGUAUUGAUUGUCUAUGAUUUUGAUGAUUAUAUGCUCUUAUUGAGGGGGAGUUUAUUGGUUGAUGAUUGUAUUCAUGACUUUUGUUAUCUAUGGUACUAUAUUGAUGAUGAUUGAUGAUUAUAUUCAUUACAUAUUCUUGAUGAGUUAAUAUUGAAGUAUAUAUGUGAUUUCAUUAAUUCAUUCACAAAGUGUUUUGUCAUCAUCAAAAAGGGGGAGAUUGUUGUACCUAUGAUUUUGAUGAUUACAAAACACAUUUGAAUGACUAAUUGGUUUAUUUAAGUGUGUAGUUAAGUUGCUAAAAGAUUGCAAGUAAACUUGGAUUGCACUA